AUGGUUAGUGAAAUGCAGGAAGUCUACAUACUCAAUUUUCAGUAUCCAUCACGAUCCUAUCGGGGCGGCGGGGGUGACAGAAACGAUUACAACUCACUUCACAGGAGGGAACACCACCACCGACAUCAUCACUCCUCCCAUCGACAUGGGGAGGAUCCAGACGGAAAACUAAGGGGUGGAAACGCACAAUUUAUCCACGGACAAUCAGAUAGUGACUCUACAAUAAUUAGCAGGAAAUCCAUUAAAUCCGAGGAGAGGAUGAAACAAAAAAGACUCGGUCUUGUGCUUUUACUGUUAAUCGGUGCUUUGUUAAUUGCUUUCGGAAUUGGAUUACUUAUAUAUUUUCUUCUGAUGGAAAAUGUCUACAAAGCCAGGAUGAACAUGCCAAUCCUCAACAGACAAUACAAUGAAGCCAUGAGGAAUGUGUCAUCAGCAGAGGCCCAGGCUCUGGCUGUACCCCUCUGUACAGAGAUUGACAAGUACCUGAAAGACAGUCCACUGGCUGGCAAAUACAAGGAAUGUGCUGUCAGACAGAUCAAACAGACAGAAACUUCACCCAUCAUGUGCAAGUGCUCUAGUGGACUAGUGUCCAGCAAGGGAAAGAGAGCCAAGGUUUUUUUUGACCUUGUGUUCAGUGGUCAGAUCACCCGAGAAGAGAUUGAGAAAAUACUGAGAGCACAUGCUGGUUAUGAAGACAAGGACGGUCUGAGAUAUUUCAAGUUUGGGGAGUUUGUCAUUGAUGUCGAUAAAAUACUUAAACCUCCAGUUCUACCAACAAGGGGACCACAUAUUGAUAUCAUAGAUGCCACUCUGACCAAUUUGACAGUGAGUGUGUACAAUCUAACUGAUUGGACCAGUGACCUCAAAAUUAACACCUCCCUAGCCUUCAACUCCUACGCUGUUCCAUUCUGUAGAGAUCUCGACAAGAUUUUUCGGUUAAGUCCACUGAGGGAAAGAUAUUAUGACUGCCAAGUAAAAUCUUUUGGAAAAGACCCCAGAAAUGUGGUUGUCCACUUGAGAUUUAAAGGCAAAGCUUACCAAAACAUGAGGAGUGACAUAUUACAAAUCAUAAUUGACAAUGCAAAGAGGGUCCUGGGCCCUGAGAAUAACGAGCUAAGGAUGAUAGGGAACCUCCUCAUUGAACCUCUGGGAGGGACCUCAAUAGAUGUUCUAAACAUUACUCUCAACCUUGGAGGUACCCCAACCAUUCAGCCCACAAAGACUAUUCCUCCACCUACAGGGGAACAAGUUGUCAUAGCAGAUAUCACAGUUUACUUAUACAAUUUAACUUAUGAUCCGCGACUAGAAGAUGAAAAUUCUGCACUGUUUCACAGGCAUGCUCAUGCAUUCUGUAAAGAUAUUGAGAAAAUUUACAUGUCAUCUUCACUGAAACAUUUCUUUAUUGACUGCAAAAUGUUUGAUUACAUGGCCCCAGAUCCAGGACAUUUAUAUACCAAGGCCAAGUUCAAGCUUCGAUUCCGACAUCCAUCCGUGUUUUCACCAGAACACUUCAAAGGACUCAUCAAAUCCCGGACUCCAGAGUUUGUACAGACAGACCUUCAAGCACUGACCAAACUGUACACCUAUCUGGUGGGUCACGACCUUGUGAUUCUGGAUAAAACCGGAUUUGAUGUGGUCUGGAGUACUGCCGUUACAAUCAUGCCCUCCACACUUUUCUUACCCGCUACUCUACAUAGUUCUCUAGACAUUAUUACUUCAAACGUGUUUGUCAACACUCCAGGAUUGACUAUUUUCCCAUCACACAUUCAUGGCACUUCCACAGUUUAUAAUUUAUAUGAUGCCACGUAUGCUAACAUCACCACAGGACUCUAUGACUUCCAGUACACCUCUGAUCUUGCCAAUAGGAAUUCACCAAAGUUUGCAAGUUUACAGGCUCAUUUCUGUGAUGAUCUUCGACGUUAUGUCGAGAGGACAGCUGUUGGCAAAUUUUUACAGGACUGUAAAAUUGAUGAAUUCACGAAUUUCCCAACAAAUGUAAAGUUCCACCUCCUCUUUAACACACCUAUUGGAUCCUAUGUGAUGGAGAAUAUUACCCACGUUCUCAAGGACAUGGCCCCUCACCGACUGAAGGACGGCUUUGAGGUGGUGGAUGUAGGAGAUCUUGGUCUGAUCUGGAAUCGGUACCACAUUGAUAUGAAGGUCACUAACUACACUGUACAUACAGCCACUGAUGUAGCCCACACAGGAACCGUGGACUUCCCCAGCACUCUGGGACCUGGCAAAAUUAUGUAUUCUGCCACAGAGGUGAGGUUUACAUGUGAUCUGUACAACCAGAGCAUCCCUAUAGAGUUCUCCGACAGAACCAACUACCUGUUCAAACAACAACAGGACCUCUUCUGUAAAGAUGUGAAAAAAAGUUAUACAGACAGUGUUUUGCAUCCACACUUUUUGGAAUGCUAUAUUAAGGACUUCAAAUAUGUAACACCAAGGAAGGUUCAGUUUGGACUUUAUUUUGCCCACACAAUGACAAAUGGCCUUCAAAGCAAUGCUGUCAACAUUCUAGAAAGUAAAUCUACAAACAAAAAGAUUGGCAGUAAAACUUACGUAGAUCUUGGGAAGCUGUUUUUAGAGACAGGAACCUGUGUCAUUCAGAUGAAACCUGUAAACUGGACUCACGAAAUGGAGCAUACUUACCACCCCAUUCAUACUGCCACCCCCACCCUGCCAGUGGGACCCUCAUUUGAAAUUGACCACUGUAUGCGGUACCCUUGUCAACACGGGGGCACCUGUCUGAAGUCAAUAUCUGGCUGGUAUAACUGUGUGUGUCCUCCUGGGUACUCAGGUCCUAACUGUGAAGUCAAUAUCAAUGAAUGUAACAUGAACAUGUGUAUGAAUGGUGGAACAUGUGUGGACACCAUCGGAAGCUACUACUGUAAAUGUGAUGCAGGAUGGGAGGGAGUCCACUGUGAAAUCAAUAAGAAUGAGUGUGAUGUCCAGAACAUUUGUCUGUACGGCGGUACAUGUGUAGACACACCAGGCUCCUACUUCUGUAUGUGUGUGGAAGGAAGAACAGGCAAAAACUGUGAACAUGAUAUUGAUGAGUGUUUACAGGAGAAUAUUUGCCAGAAUGGGGGCACCUGCUUCAACAGACCUGGCUCUUUCUACUGUAGCUGUGCUCCUGGCUGGACAGGAACAUUAUGUGAGACUGAUAUUGAUGAAUGUAAAAACAAUAUUUGUCAACAUGAGGGCACCUGCUUGAACACCCCAGGGUCUUAUCGCUGUCUAUGUCCAACAGGGUGGACAGGAAAAUACUGCGAAAGAGAUAUACAUGAAUGUCUUGAGUAUAAUGUUUGUUCUAAUGGAGGAACUUGUCGUAAUCUGAUGGGUGGAUACAUCUGUACAUGUCCUCCUGGGUGGACAGGAGAUAAUUGCACUCUGGAUGUUAAGGAAUGUCUGACCAAUCCUUGUAAAAACUCGCUGGGUUGUAUCGAGUUGGAGGGCUCAUACAAGUGUGAAUGUCCCCCUGGAUAUACGGGACAGAACUGUGAUAUUAAUAUUAAUGAAUGUUUAACAAUGGACUUGCCCUGCUCGGGACACGGAGACUGUAUAGACACGAUGGGUUCCUACCGGUGUAUCUGUAACCCAGGGUGGACGGGCAUUCAAUGUGACAUUGACAUACCUGAGUGUAGCCUUUUGAAGCCCUGUAAACACAAUUCCACCUGUAUAGAGAUGGACGGUGGCUACAGGUGUAAGUGCUUACCUGGAUUCAGGGGCAAGCACUGUGAAGGAGAUGAGUUUGAGUGUACCAGUAAUCCUUGUCUGAAUGGAGCCACCUGUAUGGAGACCUUUGGGUCCUUUUACUGUAGCUGUCCCCCUGGAUGGACUGGACCCCUCUGUGGGAAGGACUUUGAUGAGUGUGUUAAUGACCCCUGUAGGAACGCUGCAUCAUGUUUGAACACACCAGGAAGUUACCAGUGUAUUUGCAUCAAUGGAUGGUCAGGAAUUCACUGUGAAAUUGUUGAUGAUUGGUGUAUAAGUGCCCCAUGUUUAAAUAAUGGAAUAUGCUCGAACAGUGUUGGUCGGUAUGAUUGCACAUGUCCUCCAAACUGGCAAGGACCGGAGUGUCAAAUAGAUAUUGAUGAAUGUUUGAAGAAUCCAUGCUUGAACAAUGGAACAUGUCUGAAUACACCUGGUUCAUUUGUUUGUCAGUGCACAGCAGGAUGGGAAGGAAACAUUUGUGAAAGAGACAUAAAUGAAUGUCCCAGCUUCCCUUGUGAAAAUAAGGGAGUAUGUACCAAUACACUGGGGUCUUAUAUUUGUAAAUGUCCCAAAGGAUGGACAGGUCCUAGAUGCAGAAUAGAUGUGGAUGAGUGUAUGCAGAGGCCCUGUGAGAAUGGAGGGUCAUGUAUUAACCUGCCAGGGAGCUAUGAAUGCAUUUGUCCCCGUGGAUUUUCAGGACCCCACUGUAAGAUAGAGCACAAUGAAUGCCUCAACAACCCCUGCCAGAAUGGUGGAACGUGUUUCAAUACUCCUGGAUCUUAUUACUGUAGCUGUAAAAGUGGAUGGACAGGUCCAAACUGCACUCUAGAUGUGGAUGAGUGUCAGUUUGAGAGAGCUGUGUGUAUGUUUGGGGGAACUUGUAUCAACACAAUUGGGUCAUUCACGUGUGUGUGUCCUCCAGGUCGAUCAGGACCCACGUGUGUCAUUGACAUAGAUGAAUGUUUGAUGGCCAAUCCCUGCGGCAAUGGAGGUCAGUGUAUCAACACUGAUGGUUCGUACAAGUGUCUUUGUACCCCAGGAUGGACGGGCAUCAACUGUACUGAAGAUGACAAUGAGUGUAAGGGAUACCCAUGUAGAAACAAGGGAACUUGUGUGAACACAGUGGGGUCCUUUAAGUGUAUGUGUCCACCACAAUGGACUGGACCUAUAUGUGACUUUGAUGUAAAUGAAUGCCUAAACGUGAGCAUCUGCCGCAAUGGAGGGGAAUGUAUUAACAAGGUUGGAUCCUACAUUUGCUCUUGUCGAGAGGGUUGGACAGGCCAGCAUUGUCACAUAGAUUAUAAUGAAUGUGCAAAAGACAGAAACCCUUGUCUGAAUGGUGCAACAUGUGACAAUCGAAAUGGAACGUUUAUCUGUAUAUGUCCUAAAGGAUGGAGAGGGGUACACUGUGAUAUAGACAUCAAUGAGUGUGAGACUUUGGUCACCCCUUGUCAGUUUGGAGGCACCUGUAAUAACAUUGAUGGAUCUUAUUACUGUAUCUGUCCCCCAGGAAGGGGAGGUGACUACUGUGAAAUUAACAUCCAGGAAUGUCUGACAAACCCAUGCAUGAAUGGAGGAAGAUGUAUAGAUUUGGAGGAUGGAUUUCGCUGUGAAUGCUCACAGGCUUACACAGGGGAGUAUUGUCAGAAUGACGCUAAUGAAUGCGAGAGAGCUAACCCUUGCCAACACGAGGGGACAUGUGUUAACACCCACGGCUCCUACAGAUGUCGCUGUAAGGAGGGAUGGAAGGGACACAACUGUGAAAUUGACAUUAAUGAAUGUUUGAUAUCCAACCCCUGUCUACAUGGAGGCACCUGCUUCAAUACAAUGGGUUCAUUCAGGUGUAAUUGUCCCCCUAACUGGACAGGACAGAGAUGUGAGAUAGAUGUGGAUGAGUGUUCCAACAGCUUCCCCCCUUGUCUUCAUGGCGGUACCUGUAUUAACAUUGAAGGGGGAUACACUUGUCAGUGUCCUAUUGGCUGGAUGGGAAAGAAUUGUGAAAAAGAUGUGAAUGAGUGUUAUACAAUGCAGCCAUGUAGAAAUGGUGGGACCUGUCAGAAUAUUGAUGGUUCCUAUCUCUGUCAAUGUAAGGAAGGCUGGACUGGCCCUGACUGUACAACAGAUGUAGAUGAAUGUUUGAGAAAUCCGUGUAUGUACAAUGGCACGUGUCUGAAUACUCGGGGAUCUUACAUGUGUACCUGUCCACGAGAACGAACAGGACAUAACUGUAUGGACGAUGUGGAUGAGUGUGUUCUCUUUUCGCCGUGUAAACACGGGGGCACCUGUCUUAACAUCAAUGGGGGAUACACCUGUAUGUGUAAGGAUGGCUGGACAGGCACCAACUGUGAAAUGGAUAUUGAUGAAUGCUUGCGGAACCCAUGCUUCAAUAAUGGAAGUUGUAUCAACUCUUACGGGUCGUUUUAUUGUCGUUGUCCGAGAGGAUGGACUGGGCCAUACUGUCUGGAGGAUUUCAAUGAGUGUUUACAAAUGUCCUGUGCCAAUGGAGGUACAUGCAUCAACAUUCAAGGCUCAUAUCAGUGCAGGUGUCCUAAUGGUUGGACAGGAAAGAACUGUGAAAUAGAUGAGGAUGAGUGCAAGAGAAAUCCUUGUUUAAAUGGAGCGACUUGUUACAACACAGUGGGAUCCUUCUCGUGUGUCUGUCCUGAUGGAUUUGUUGGCCAGAUGUGUGGAAAUGACACCAAUGAAUGUCUGCAGUUCCCAGGAAUCUGUAAAAAUGGGGGCACCUGUUUCAACACAGAGGGAUCCUACAAAUGUGAUUGUCCCCCUGGGUGGAGGGGCAAAAACUGUGGAAUAGAUGUGAAUGAAUGCAUAACCAUGAAUCUGUGUGCAAAUGGUGCCACUUGUAUCAACACAGAUGGUUCCUACAAGUGCAGGUGUCCUCCAGGAUUCGAAGGACCCCUCUGUGAAAAGGAUAUAAAUGAAUGUUUGAACAAUCCUUGUAUGCAUGGAGCCAACUGCAUCAACACACCUGGUGGCUAUACCUGUAAUUGUAAAGAAGGAUGGACGGGACUCAACUGUGCUAAUGAUACUGAUGAAUGCUUGAAUUUCCCAUGUUUACAUGGGUCAACCUGUAACAAUACUCUAGGUGGAUUUGAGUGUAUCUGUGCCAAAGGCUGGGAAGGACCAUUCUGUUCAGUUGAUAUCCAUUACUGCCUGGAUGCUCAGUUCUGCCAUGGACAUGGACAUUGCAUCAGUAUGCCAGGAUACGACAUCUGUGAUUGUGAGCCAGGCUGGAUGGGACCACAUUGUGAAUUAAAUAAGAAUGAGUGUGUAGAGAUGGUGGAUGUCUGUAAGAAUGGAGCCACCUGUACAGAUUUAAUGGGUAGCUAUAACUGUACCUGUCUACCAGGAUUCAAGGGAGAGCACUGUGACAUUGAGCAGUCCUGUUUACACACUCCAUGUCUGAAUGAUGGACAGUGUAUCUCAAGGAAUGGAAUCUAUUUCUGUAAAUGUACAGAUCUCUGGACAGGAGAAUAUUGUGACACUCCUGUGAAUAUUUGCACGGAGAAUCCUGACAUUUGCCACAAUGGGGGCACCUGUAAUUACCUUCGUGGUGCCUAUGAAUGUAUCUGUCCCCCAGGCUUCACUGGCAAACACUGCACAGAAAAUGUCAAUGAGUGUAAAGCUGAUGUGUACCCCUGCUUUAAUGGAGGAACCUGCUUUGAUCUGUAUGGAAGUUAUGAAUGUUUCUGUGCAAAGGGAUGGAGUGGGCCACAAUGUAACAAUGACACCAAUGAAUGUGACAGCAAUCCCUGUUUAAAUAAUGGCAAGUGUAUCAACACAGAAGGAGGAUACCUUUGUGAGUGUACACCAGGAUGGAUGGGAAAUCAAUGUCAGAGGAACAAAAAUGAAUGCCUUAACUUCCCUUGUCUGCAUGGUGGAACGUGUAGAGACACGAUAGGUUCAUUCAGAUGCAAGUGCAAAAUGGGCUGGACCGGAGAUAUUUGUCAAGAUGAUGUUAACGAAUGUCUUAACAACCCAUGCAUUCACGGUGGCAUUUGUAAGAACACCAAUGGCUCCUAUAUAUGUGAAUGCCCAGAACAGUACACAGGCAAAAACUGUGAAUUAGACCUAGAUGAGUGCCGAAUGAUUCGAUGUCAGAAUAACGCGACAUGUCAAAACUUGGAUGGAUCAUAUCGCUGUGUGUGCAGGGAUGGAUUUGAAGGAAAAUACUGCGAAAAAGAUAUCAAUGAAUGUCUGACCCUUAGCCCCUGCUUACAUGGAGGUACCUGUGUCAAUUUGAUGGGUGGAUACAGAUGUGAAUGUCCAGAGGGCUGGAUUGGAAAGGAUUGCAACAGAGACAAGGACGAGUGCAUGUACUUCCCAUGUAAACACGGUGGUACCUGUAUGAAUAAUGACGGGUCAUUCCAGUGUAUAUGUCCUCCUGGAUUCACCGGACCAACUUGUGAGCUAGAUCGAAAUGAAUGUGAAAAAAAUCCAUGUCAGAACAACGGAACAUGUAGGAAUACCCACGGCUCAUUUUACUGUGAGUGUAGUUAUGGGUGGCAGGGACCCUUGUGCUCUGAAGAUGUUAAUGAGUGUAACCUGAAUCCGUGUUUAUAUGGUGGGACCUGUAUCAAUACGCCUGGUUCCUAUGUCUGUCAAUGUAAACCAGGACGCACAGGAAAAGACUGUAGAAAUGACACCAAUGAAUGUGAGAGAAACCCAUGCCAGAAUGGAGGAACUUGUAUAAAUACAGAUGGUUCAUACACUUGCAGAUGCACACAGUACUGGCAAGGAGAAAACUGUCAAAUAGAUGUAAAUGAGUGCCUCCUAGCUUACAGUGUCUGUGAACAUGGUGGACAGUGUAUCAAUCUGGCUGGAAACUACACCUGUAAUUGUCCAGCAGGGUGGACGGGGCAUGGCUGUCGUAUAGAUAUAAAUGAGUGUUUGAUGAACCCAUGUAUGAACAAUGCGACCUGUGUUAACACUGACGGUUCCUUUAUCUGUCGAUGUCCCCCGGGCUGGAUGGGACCCACCUGUAGUGAGGAUGUAAAUGAAUGUCCUAUGUUCCUCUGUAAAAAUGGGGCCUCCUGUCAGAAUACCCUGGGAAGUUUUGUGUGUCAGUGUCUUCUGGGCUGGGAGGGACCACUCUGUGAUAUUGAUAUCAAUGAGUGUCUAAGAAAUCCUUGUCUCCAUGGUGGCCGAUGUAUCAACAGCCCCGGUUCCUUUUCCUGUCAGUGUAGUGAAGGGUGGAUGGGAGCUCUCUGUGAUGAAGAUGUAAAUGAAUGCUUGCAGUUCCCUUGUCGAAAUGGAGGAACUUGUAAAAACCUUGAUGGGUCUUUUGAGUGCAUCUGUCCUCAGGGUUAUUCUGGAAAACUGUGUACAGGAGAUGUGAAUGAAUGUCUGUCCAAUCCCUGUAAGAAUGGAGCUAGGUGUAUAGACACCCCAGGAUCCUUCCAGUGUAUCUGUCCACCUCACUGGGAAGGUCCCCUCUGUGACAAAGACAAGAAUGAAUGCCUGAAUCCUAAUGCUUGUCUUAAUGGAGGAACUUGUAUCAACAUCAAUGGGGGAUAUCAGUGUAAAUGUCCCCCUGGCUUCACAGGAGAAUACUGCACUAUGGAUAUCAAUGAGUGUAUUGAGUUUGUGGGAAUUUGUCAGAACGGAGGAUUCUGUAUUAACACACUCGGCGGCUACACAUGUAGAUGUACAGAACAUUGGGAGGGGGUGAACUGUACCAUUGAUAUUGACGAGUGUAAAAUGCAGGUGUGCCAAAAUGGUGCUACCUGUAUCAACACACCUGGAGGUUUUAGAUGUGAAUGUCCUCCAGGGUGGAGAGGGGAUAUGUGUGAACAAGAUAUGAACGAGUGCCUGAAUGCCACCCUGUGUCAGAACAAUGCUCUCUGUAUCAACACACAAGGGUCUUUCACAUGCCAGUGUCAGGUCGGAUGGGAGGGGAAAUAUUGUCACAUUGAUAUUAAUGAAUGUUUGAUUGAUAAUCCUUGUCUGAAUGAUGCUAUUUGUGAGAACACGCCAGGAUCCUACAUUUGUAAAUGUAAACCAGGCUUUGAAGGCAACCUUUGUCAAUACAACCAUGAUGAGUGUAAAAGUAACCCCUGUAAGUUUGGAGGGACCUGUAUUGACACUGUGGGCUCGUACAUCUGUCAGUGUCCCCCAGGGAGAUCAGGCAGAAACUGUGAUAAUGAUACAGACGAGUGUCUAAACAACCCGUGUCUGAACGGAGGGACCUGUGAGAACCUGGUGGGAAGCUUUAAGUGCACAUGUCCUCCAGGAUUUACAGGAGAGAGAUGUGAAAGCAACAUCAAUGAGUGUGUUUUAUACAGACCUUGUAAGAAUGGGGCCACAUGUUAUGAUAGUUUUGGAUCGUAUUCAUGCAGUUGUGCACCAGGAUGGACAGGAAAGAAUUGUGAUACAGAGAUCAAUGAGUGUCUUCUUAUCCGACCCUGUCAGAAUGGAGCGGAGUGUGUCAACACACCGGGGUCUUACAAGUGUAUCUGUCCCCCAGGCUGGACGGGCACAAACUGUGAAAUUGACAUCAAUGAAUGUUAUGACAGACCAUGUAAAAAUGGGGCUCAGUGUAUCAACAACCAGGGCUCAUUUACAUGCAUCUGUCCUCCUGAUUUCACUGGUCCUCUUUGUGAAACAGCCAUCAUAACAGGAUUUAAAUUCCGAUCCAUUGCCAGGAAUUUAACCUUCACCCCAGGUUUACUUGACAACAGAACAUAUGAAUUCAGAGCCCAUGCAGAUCUGUUCUGUGCAGAUAUUGAUAGAAUUAUAAGAAAAUAUCCCAAUGCAUUUGCUGACUACAAGGAAUGCCGAGUUGUGGCCUAUGGUAACAACCCCACCUCUUUAAACUGGGAACUAAUCUUUACUGGUGACCAGCCCUCACUAAGUGAGAAACAGAUCUUGGACAUUAUCUACAAAGACUUGCCUCAUUACUACUACAAGGACUCAGAGGGGGUGGUCAUUGGAGAUAUCUUUGUUCACAUCAAUGAUUACGCCACAACCAAACUGCCCAUGGACUUACAGAUCUUAAACCUGACCUGGUCAGAUGAGCUGAGGAACCCCAACUCCUUCAUGUUCAAAGAAUACUCAGCUGACCUUUGUAAAGAUUUGGAAAGAUUAGUUGGCACCUUUGGUGUUGACCUGCCUAAGUUAGUGGGAUGUGAAGUUAAACAGUAUGGAAAUAAUCCAACCAGAGUGUACUUUGACCUGACCUUUGAGGGAACCCAUUUCACUCCCGAGCUACAACAGAAGUUCUUCCAGCUGAUGAAGGAGCAACCUCUACAGAGAUACAAGAAUUUCCUGGGUUACCUGCUGGGACAGUUCCUGAUAUUCUCCGAGUAUUACACUGACUACACCACGGUUCCGCUGACAUUCCGCGUCCUCAAUUUGACAUACACCACGGAUCUGAUGGACAAAAACUCAGCCAGAUACAAACAGCAUGCAAUGCUGUUCUGUCAAGAUAUUGACAAAUUGAUGAGAUCACACAAAAGAAUUUUCCCAACAUAUGAAGGCUGUGAAGUUGUUCAGUUUGGUAACAAUCCAACAACCAUAUCAGUUGACCUUCAGUUUGGUGGCCUAGUAAAUAUCGGCGAAUACAAAGAUCUAGUUUCAGGCAUUAUAUUUGAGGAUGCUCCAAGAUAUAGGUACCUGAACAAUCUAGGACAUCUCGUGGGCGAUCUGUUGGUGUUCUAUGACAGCUGGGAGUACAUCUUGCAUGAUGCUUGGCUAUCCAACAUGACCUACUUCAUCCAUGAGUUUUCCUACAACCCUCAAUAUGCAGAUGCUAAUUCAGCCCUCUAUAAGGACUUUGAGAAUUUGUUCUGUGGUGAUAUUGACAAUUUCUUCAAAAAUAGCCAACUCUCUGAUAGAUUCUACAGAUGUUUCUUCACAAAAAUAGGAGACACACCUGUGCACACCUUGACCUUUAAUGUGAUAUUUAACGGCACUGAGGAGAUUCCAAAGGAAGUUAUCCAGGACAUCAUCAGCAAACGAGCUGACCACUUCAAUGUUGAGAAUAAGGACAUGAUGUUCAUUGGUCAGCAACUGGUCUACCUGGGAGGAGAAAUGGAGAACUUCCCCAUCAAUAUCUCCAACUAUCUGAUACAGGACUACGUACUGACCACUGAAAGUCCAGUGAAUACAAUCAUCAAUGCCUCCUUUGUGUUGUUGAACUUGACCUGGACUCCGGAUUUAGCCAACCCCCAGUCAGCAGCCUUUAAAGCUAUUGCUGAUCCAUUCUGUCAAUAUUUGACCAACUUGUAUGUUGGAAGAGACAGAUUCAGGGACAUUUAUGAAAAAUGUGAAGUGGCUUCUAUCACGACAGAUGGGGCAAGAGAGAAAAUCAAUUUUGUGCUACAGUUCAAAGGUCAACAAGAUCAGACUUUGCAGGAGUACAUCUUUGGUAUUCUGAUAGAAAUUGCACCACGUACCACGGUCAAUGGUCAGAUCUCCAUUGUGGUGGGUCCUCUAGCGGUGUAUGAACAGUCCCUAGCUAUAGAGCAAGCCACGGUGGCGGUGGUCACCACAGCACUUCCUAUUGGAAACAUGAGAGCUGGCAAGACAUCCAUGAAACCAGAAAAAUUUUGUGAAGGGGAGAAAACCCAGGGCGAGGUGUUCUAUAAGACAGACAAAUGCUAUGAGUUUAUUGUGUCAUUCUUACCCACCAAUCCAAUCCAACAGACCACCACUCCUCUGGUCACCACCACUAUCCCCCGCCCCACAGCACCGGCCUCUACAGACCCCUGUAAACCUAACAGACACAACGAAUACCUCCCUGUCCCUGGGGAUUGCCGCAUGGAGAUCUUGUCAGACGACAAUGCUUCGGAAUCCCGCUUUCCUCUGAAGAAACCUUUGCCCCCAAUAGGUGUAGGAGGGAAUAAUGACGACAUUGAACUCCCAAACUCGGACUCAGAAAGUCAAGACGAACAAAUUAAUUCUAAAGACGACGACGACGACAAAUCCACUGUGUCAAAUGCUUCAUCUACAGCCAAACAAGGUAGUGGUAAAACUCGGCCAGCAGUAUUAAGAGGAUUCCGAAGAGAAGCUCCAGAACCCGAAUCAGGCACUGACAAGAGCUCAGGGGACGGCACACCCACAGGAAGAAAGUCCAGGUCUAGGAAGAAAGACAUCAUGAAAAGAAAAACCUAUGAUGGCCGAGAAGUUACGUUUAUAACAGAGAAUACCCAGACAGAUUGGGACUGGCUAGAGGAAGCAGAGAAAUCUGGAACAGCCCGUCUUCUGGGACCUCGAGAUAGUUUACUUUCUUUGCACGAAGAAGAUGGCCUCUCUCCUAGAGCAGGUAAGAAGGAGGAGUCUAAGACAGACAUCCCCACCGUACAGGAGGAGUCCUCAGCCCCCUCACCUUACCCAAUCAACGACGAGUUUGGGGUCCCAAUGUUAGAACUCAGUAGUGACUCAGAUACGAGUUCUGAUGAGGAAGAAUAUACAGGAAAGAAAGUGCAGGAUGAUCGCACUUUCAUGCCUAGUAUCGGUCCACCGCAAAUCCUGCAGUAUAACAAGGAAUCUGAGAAAAAGGUCAUCGAGGUCAGUGACCCCUCUGAGCGCACUCAAGAGGAAGAGGCUGAAGUAGAUGAGCAUGGCCGUGUCGUGGGAAUGUUCGGAGGAACUUGUGAAUUCUGUGGUCAUGCUGUCCAGCCUUGGCCGACCCUGGAACAACAACAGACCCUGCCCCCAGACCAGUUGUACUGCUGUAAUGAUUACAGGGAGUUUGUAGAGUUCACCACAGAACAGGCACAAGCUGUAGAGGCAGAACAUCGCUCACUGACCAAGAAAAUCAGCAUUUCCAGUCACCCUCACUAUGGGAGCUCAAAAGAGGAUAGAAAAGUGGCUAAAGAGAGAGCGUUACAGAGAAUGAGAGAGAAGGAAAUGCAGAGAAAACAACAGGAAGCUUCCGGCUUUCAGCAACAGUCAAAUUUCUAUUCUUACAGCCAAUCACCACCACCAUUACCAAGCAUAGAUGAAACUUUUGAUUUCCCCAGUAAAAGUCCUACCAAAUCAGGGUUAAGUUUCCAUAAAUCUAGGUCCCCUGGGAGUUUUAUUCACUCUGGUGCCAGUAGGCAGCAGGAAAAGUCCGAAAAAAUUCUUACCUACGCAGAACUUCGUAACCCAGAGAGUCGGUCUGGGCUGGCAGUUGCUCAGAAGAUGAAGACAAUAAAUUACCAGCUAUCCUCCCAGAAAUGUCUGGAGGAGGGCUGGACCGUCCGUCCCCCCAGUCCCCUUCAAGGGGAGGAGGAAGAUGACACCUUCAUACCGGAACCCAUCAACAUCGACCUCUUAAAGAGUGGAAAGUUGGGUCUAGUGGAGAAGUAUUACGAAAAUGGACAGAAAUUCCUGACCAUGUUUCCGGAUGGAACAGGGAACAUUUUUUAUCCAUCAGGUAAUCUGGCUAUUGCUAUAACCUCAGUACAGCUGGGACAAUUUAAUUAUGUGGUACAGGCAGAUAUAGAGAAGCCCAGCAUCCUUGCAGUGUUUGAACCCAAUGGGUUUGCCUGUUGUUACCACCCCAAUGGUGUUGUCAGAUUGAAUAUGGAUCAGCUAGGAGGUAUAGAACUGGAUUACACAGGAGCCAAGAAGAGAAAAUGGUUGUGGAAGGAUCAGAACACCCACGUCCACGCUCCGCCAUUCCAACCCAUCCAUUUUCUCCUGAACCAUUACAUCGGGGUCAGGAUUCUCGCCCAGGAGAGGAUGGUUCUAGACUUUAGUGCAGGGGACAGGGGGAAGAGGUUCAAUGUGGGGGCUAGGCUUAAGUUGAAUCAUGCUGAAAAGAUUCCCCCUAAAGAGAUAGAUGAGAAUUACCUGUACUUAGAGGAACAGAAAAUCCGAGUAGAAAAAAUGUUGGAUAAGGUGGCCACAUUGUUAAAAUUCCCCAAAUCUCCCAAAAUAGACAAAAUAUUGCCUCCACUUCAUGUGACGUCAAAGGCUCUGAAAACGGAACGUCUGAGACAGGAACGGGCCAAUCAAAUCGCAACGCAGGAGGCCAAGAAAAACAAACAGGCCCCCAUCCCCGCCAUAAGUUAGAGACUCCAUUCAUCACCCGUUUCCCAUAUCUGUGUUCAGCUGUGUCAGAAAAGGAUUGUAUGCUUUUGUCUAUAUCAAAGAGACUGUGUGUGGUCUGACUUUAUAUUCUGGUAUAAGUGUUUCCUCUUAAAAGAUAUAUUUAUAUUCGUUUGCAGGUUUGAAUGGCAAUAUAUACUAGUAUAGUAAUAUGUAUAAUUAAUUAAGAUAUUUAUACAUUAAAUAAAGCACACACGCUGCCAAAUCUUGCUGCUUUUAUUGUAUUCCGCAGCAAUUAAUUAUGUUUUUACGUUGGUGUAGUUUACUCGGCUUCAUAUAUUCUGUUCACUGUAUUUAGUCUUGCUUGUAGCUCAUCUCUGUACUAGUCACCCCUGCUGUUUUCCCCUGUCUCCGUUACUUGUACAUUAGUUACCCUGAUAUUGUUCACCGUUUUUGUUUACACUUUUGUAUAUCGAUGUAGCUAUUUUUAUCUGUGAUAUUUGCAUUUAUUGAUAUGUUUGUUGUUUGUUACUCUACAGUUGUUGGGAGUAUUUUUAUGAAUGGUUUAAAUGGCCAUCAUUGUUAAGCAUUGUAAGACACACUUAUCACUAUUUUUGCUGAUUUUAAAGAUUAAAUCAGGGGGAUUGGGUAUAUUUCCUCUUUUUGUCUAUAUGUUUUAAUGCAUCAAAUAACAUGGGAGAAAUCUUUGUAUGACAUAGUAUUUGUGGAACAUAUUUUUUUACUGUACUGCUGAUCAUAUUUCAAACCUAGCUGUAAUGGGAGAUACUGCUGAUAAAGGUUUAAACAUUUAGAGUUUAUGAACUAGUUGUAUAUUUUUGGACCAAGUUUAUGACAUAAUCAAAUGUUAUACAGUAUUAUAUAGCAUAGUGUUUAAAAUUGUGGAAUAUGAAAAAUUAUGUAUGUCAUGGAACAUUUUUUAUAAUAGAAAUACUUGGUACAUUGUAAGAGCAGAGCUUUCAUUUUCCCACUCUGCAAGGUUUAUCUUAAAAUUGUGAAUGUUCUCUGCAUAUCAAGCAU